AUGGCGUCGGCUACAGCAGCAACGACACAGCUAGAGCAUUUGCAAGCACGAUACAAUGGAACAGGACAUGCUGAUACAACCAAGUUUGAAUGGGUCACUACGCAACAUCGCGACUCGUAUGCCUCAUACAUUGGACAUCCAAACCUAUUGGCCUUUUUUGCUGUCGCUGAGAACGAAUCUGGUGCGAGGCUAAGACAUAGAUUCAAUCAGAAAAUGUUGGCCCCUUGCGGGUUACCUCCGACAAAACCACAAUAA